CGCGUGCCCGCGGCGAGCACCUGGAGGCCCCGCGUGCGGGCUCUGGAGCUUCAGGCUCCUGGACGUCGUCGGUCCGUCCGUCAGGGCAGUAAGCGCUGGCUGGCGCCGCCCGCGGAGGAAUUCUUUGGAGAUCACGCCUUGCUUGCUGGAGGAGGAAGCUCGGCGGCGUGUCGCCUGCGUUGUCGCAACCCGAUAACGCCUCCACCCAGGUCGAGCGGUUCUGUCGGUGCCUCAGCUCCUCAGGAGAGAUGAAGAAAACCUUGCAGGAUGAGAUUGAAGCCAUUCUUAGGAAGAGGAUUAUGGUGCUGGAUGGUGGAAUGGGGACCAUGAUCCAGCGGUACAAACUAAGUGAAGAAAGUUUCCGAGGUCAAGAGUUCAAAGAUCACCCCAGGCCACUGAAAGGCAACAAUGACAUCUUAAGUAUAACCCAACCUCAUGUUAUUGGCCAAAUUCAUAAGGAAUACUUGCUAGCUGGAGCAGAUAUCAUUGAAACAAACACUUUCAGCAGCACUAGUAUUGCCCAAGCCGACUAUGGCCUUGAACACUUGGCCUACCGGAUGAACAAGUGCUCUGCAGAUGUGGCCAGAAGAGCCGCUGAGGAGAUAACUCUGCAGACAGGAAUCAAGAGGUUUGUGGCUGGCGCUCUGGGUCCAACUAAUAAGACACUUUCUGUCUCCCCAUCGGUGGAAAGGCCAGAUUACAGGAACAUCACAUUUGAUGAGCUUGUUGAAGCAUACGAGGAACAGGCCAAAGGACUGCUGGAUGGUGGUGUUGAUAUCUUACUCAUUGAAACUAUUUUUGAUACAGCCAAUGCCAAAGCGGCCUUGUUUGCACUCCAGAAACUCUUUGAAGAGAAUUAUGCUCCUCCCCGGCCUAUCUUUAUUUCUGGGACCAUUGUUGAUAAAAGUGGACGGACUCUUUCUGGCCAGACAGGAGAGGCAUUUGUCAUCAGCGUGUCUCAUUCAGACCCUUUGUGCAUUGGAUUAAAUUGUGCUCUGGGUGCCGCUGAAAUGAGGCCUUUCAUUGAAACAAUUGGGAAGUGUACAACAGCCUAUGUCCUCUGUUACCCAAAUGCAGGUCUUCCCAAUACUUUUGGUGACUAUGAUGAAACACCAUCCAUGAUGGCCAAUCACCUAAAGGACUUUGCCAUGGAUGGCUUGGUGAAUAUAGUUGGUGGCUGCUGUGGUUCGACACCCGAUCAUAUCAGGGAAAUUGCUGAAGCUGUGAAGAAGUGUAAGCCUAGAGUUCCACCUGCUAGUGUUUUUGAAGGACAUAUGUUACUAUCUGGUCUAGAGCCCUUCAGGAUUGGACCAUACACCAACUUUGUUAACAUUGGAGAGCGCUGUAAUGUGGCAGGAUCUAAGAAGUUUGCUAAACUCAUCAUGGCAGGAAACUAUGACGAAGCCCUGAGCAUUGCCAAAGUCCAGGUGGAAAUGGGUGCUCAGGUGCUGGAUAUCAACAUGGACGAUGGCAUGCUGGAUGGUCCCAGUGCAAUGACCAGAUUUUGCAAUUUUAUCGCCUCUGAACCUGACAUCGCCAAGGUGCCACUGUGCAUCGACUCUUCCAAUUUUGCUGUGAUUGAAGCUGGCUUGAAGUGCUGCCAAGGGAAGUGUAUAGUCAAUAGCAUCAGUCUGAAGGAGGGGGAGGAGGACUUCUUGGAGAAGGCUCGGAAGAUUAAGAAGUUUGGAGCUGCUGUGGUCGUUAUGGCUUUUGAUGAGGAAGGACAGGCAACAGAAACAGAUGUUAAAAUCAGUGUGUGUACCCGAGCCUACCAUCUACUUGUGGAAAAACUGGGCUUCAAUCCAAAUGACAUCAUCUUUGACCCCAACAUUCUUACCAUUGGUACUGGAAUGGAAGAACAUAACUUGUAUGCUAUCAAUUUUAUUCAUGCAACAAGAGUCAUUAAAGAAACAUUACCAGGAGUCAGAAUAAGUGGAGGUCUUUCUAACUUGUCCUUCUCCUUCCGAGGGAUGGAAGCCAUUCGAGAAGCAAUGCAUGGUGUUUUCCUUUACCAUGCCAUCAAGUUUGGUAUGGACAUGGGCAUAGUCAAUGCUGGCAACCUCCCUGUGUACGAUGAUAUCCAAAAGGACCUUCUUCAGCUCUGUGAAGACCUCAUCUGGAACAGAGACUCUGAGGCUACGGAGAAACUCUUACGAUACGCCCAGACUCAUGGCAAAGGAGGGAAGAAAGUCAUCCAGACAGAUGAGUGGAGGAAUGGCUCCAUUGAAGAGCGUCUUGAGUAUGCUCUCGUGAAGGGCAUUGAAAAGCACAUUGUUGAAGAUACUGAAGAAGCCAGGUUAAACCAGGAAAAAUACCCCCGACCUCUGAAUAUAAUUGAAGGGCCUCUAAUGAAUGGCAUGAAAGUGGUUGGUGAUCUUUUCGGAGCUGGAAAAAUGUUUCUACCUCAGGUUAUAAAGUCAGCCCGUGUCAUGAAGAAGGCUGUUGGACACCUUAUCCCUUUCAUGGAAAAAGAAAGAGAAGAAGCCAGAGUACUUAAUGGUUCAGUCGAAGAAGAGGACCCUUACCAAGGCACCAUUGUGCUGGCCACUGUUAAAGGUGAUGUGCAUGACAUAGGCAAGAACAUAGUUGGUGUGGUGCUGGGCUGCAAUAAUUUCCGAGUUAUUGAUUUAGGAGUCAUGACUCCCUGUGAUAAGAUACUUCAAGCUGCUCUUGACCACAAAGCAGAUAUAAUUGGCCUGUCAGGACUUAUCACUCCAUCCCUGGAUGAAAUGAUUUUUGUUGCCAAGGAAAUGGAGAGGUUGGCUAUAAAGAUUCCCUUGUUGAUAGGAGGAGCAACCACUUCAAGAACCCACACAGCAGUUAAAAUAGCACCACGAUACAGUGCGCCUGUAAUCCAUGUCCUAGAUGCAUCCAAGAGUGUGGUGGUGUGUUCUCAGCUGUUAGAUGAAAAUCUGAAAGAUGACUAUGUUGAAGAAAUACUGGAAGAAUAUGAAGAUAUUAGACAGGACCACUAUGAGUCUCUCAAGGAAAGAAAAUACUUACCCCUAAGUCAAGCCAGAAAAAAUGGUUUCCACAUUGAUUGGCUGUCUGAACCUCACCCAGUGAAGCCCACAUUUCUUGGGAGUCGGGUCUUUGAAGACUACAACCUGCAGAAGCUGGUGGACUACAUUGACUGGAAGCCUUUCUUCGAUGUGUGGCAGCUCCGGGGCAAAUACCCAAAUCGAGGCUUUCCCAAGAUAUUUAACGACAAGACAGUAGGUAAAGAAGCCAGAAAGGUGUAUGAUGAUGCUCAGAAUAUGCUGAACAUACUGAUAAGUCAAAAGAAACUCCAGGCCAGGGGUGUGGUUGGAUUCUGGCCAGCACAGAGUGUCCAAGAUGACAUCCACUUGUAUGCAGAAGGUGUGGUGCCCCAGGCUUCAGAACCCAUAGCCACCUUCUAUGGGCUGAGGCAGCAGGCUGAGAAGGACUCUUCCAGUACAGACCCCUACCACUGCCUCUCAGACUUCAUUGCUCCCCUGCAUUCUGGUGUCCGAGACUACUUGGGUCUGUUUGCUGUUGCCUGCUUUGGGGUUGAAGAGCUGAGUAAGGCCCACGAGGAUGAUGGCGAUGACUACAGCAGCAUCAUGGUGAAGGCCCUGGGGGACCGGCUGGCAGAGGCCUUUGCAGAGGAGCUGCAUGAGAGAGUUCGCCGAGAACUGUGGGCUUACUGUAGUCGUGAGCAGUUGGGUGUCACAGACUUGCGCAAACUCCGGUAUGAGGGCAUCCGACCAGCUCCUGGUUACCCCAGCCAGCCUGACCACACUGAGAAGCUCACCAUGUGGAGACUGGCCAACAUUGAGCAGGCCACAGGCAUCAGGUUGACAGAAUCCUUGGCAAUGGCACCUGCUUCAGCAGUAUCAGGCCUCUACUUCUCCAAUGUGAAGUCCAAAUAUUUUGCUGUGGGGAAAGUUUCCAAGGAUCAGAUUGAGGAUUAUGCUUUGAGGAAGAACAUGCCUGUGGCUGAGGUGGAGAAAUGGCUUGGCCCCAUUCUGGGAUAUGAUACAGACUGACUUCGUUCUCUCUCACACUCCUUUUCUCUUUCUCUUUUUUUCUUUAAAACCUUAUGUUUGCUGACCUCAAGGGAGUACCAUCCAGAGUGCCUUAGAAAUAAUAACAAAAAGCACCCGAGUGCCUGCCUGGCCAGUGUUGGAAGGCUGUUUGGUGGCAUAUGAUGUAGAUCAUCUGGGGUCCUAGAAAAUAAGUAACUGUUACAGGGACCUUAAAUGAGGAGCAACAAUGUGCUGAGGCUCCUGGUGUCCCUGCUUCCUUAGGAUUGGAGCAGGCAGAAGGCAUCUUUUGCAGCUUGUUCCUGUUUUGUUGUUGUUGUUUGUUUGUUUUUAUUGUUUUCAUGUGUAGAGACAUGUGACACAGAAGCAAUGUGCCACCGUGAGAAAAGUGACAUUUCAACCUAAGUGGUUUCAACAGUAGACUCGGACAGGGAGGAAGGUAGUCCUCUCUUUUCUCCUGUAAGACCUCAUUUUCUGAGGCUCAACUAAAUGGCUGUAGAACUCUUUGGCGGAGGCAUGCUCACUGCUUGCUGGACAGAAUACUGGGACUGUUUGCCCUGGUGUGCUGGUGUGGCUGCGCACCUGACUCCACACUCAUAUAUUUUGGAUACACUACAUUGGCUUGUCUCUGUUAUUUCUGGAGAACUUGUUCAGGGCGUUAGGCCAUGAAAGCGCAGACUCCAGUUUCAACUUUGCAGUGUAACUGCCAUGUGACGUAAGCUUAGUUCUUAGUCUCCCCGGCACGGUCUGCUCAUCUAUAAACUGAGAACAGUGAUACGGAUUUCUGUCUCAUUGGGGUGAGUGAGGCUUAAACAGGAGUGUGCAUGGAGACAGUUCAGGUACACGCAGGUGUCUAAGUGGAGGUCCUGUAGAUCUCUCUAGUCUUAGCACUGUAGGUACUCAUGAGAAGAGUAAGAGGUUAAUGGGGGAGGUGGAGUGGGGAAAUGUGUUUGGGAAUGUGACUGUGGGGCAAUCUCCUUCUAGGAUUAGAACCCCAACUUAAAAUUUACACCAACUGAGAGAGAAACCACUGCCAUCAGGACUCAUCUUCCGUGAGAGACUCCUCCCUUACCUCACAUGUUGCCCCAAAGCACUCACACCAGACACAUCCUCUGGUAUAUUGGAGGCGAAAAGAAGAAAAUGGCUGUUGGGUAGUGAUGAUCCUGCGUAUCUGUAAUCUUUCCAAGUUUAUUUUCAAAGUAGUAUACAUUUUUUAUAUCAUUUUUUUAUACUUGCCUUCAGAGUGAAAAGAAUUGUCUUCUUUUUUAAGGUGUGUUUAACAUGUACUAGAAUGUAAAUGGGAUUCAUUAGUUUGAGCCACUUAGUUUCAGGACAUACUUUCUUUUUUUUUUUGUUGUUUUUUUUUUUUUGUUUUUUUGUUUUUUGAGACAGGGUUUCUCUGUGUAGCU